UCGGCGGGAAACGGGAACGGGACAGUUGCUUUCUUCAUUGAGUAAUCUAAAUAAUUAAUACGAAGUGGUGUUUUGUGGUUAAUGAUCGCAUUAAGUUAGUCAGAAGACAUUUGCGAGUGUUAUUAUAUUGGAGUAUUCAAUAAACAAAGUGUAUCUGCCUAUUUUCGCUUCGUGUCGGGAAGCCGCUUCAUAGCUCAAAAGUUUAUGCGGACUUUUGAGUUAAUUCGUUUGGGGUUCGGAGUAGGAGUCUACUCCGAGGGUGGGGGCUUAGGUUUCAUCAUCAUCACCUUUCAUCAUUUCAUUAAUCAUCAAGAAAAAAAAUACGUAAGACAUGGCUGUAUGGGCAUAGUUCCCUUUGCCUUACCCUUCGGGGAAAACCAAACCAAACCUAUGGCAAUUGUCGCAUUGUAUUUUAGGAUUUUCUGUGUUCGGUUUGUGGCUUUUUUAUAAGCAAAAUUAAAAAUGUCAACGAGAGAGACGGAUUUGUCGCAUUUACACUCGUACAUUGAAGGAAUGGAUAAAGAAAUAACUAUGAUAUUACAAAGUUUGCAAUGGGACCAAAAACAUUUGUUAGAGGGCAUACCCUUAGUGGCUUGUAAACAUGAUUCGACUCAUAAGGUGCCCCCAGACAAGAAAGAAGAUCAUGAGAUUGAUUGUUUAUUGAGAAGUCAGGGUUACAGUAAAGAAGAUAUUCUGCUGCCAGAAGUCAUUGAUUCUUCGGUUCACACACUUGUUAAACUUAGCAAGAAUGAUAUUGACCACUUAAUACACUCUGCGGCCCUAUCUGAUCCAUUAUUCAAAACAGGUUCCGGGUCAGAGCAUCCACCCCUGACGGCGGAGCGCUUGCAGGCGGCGUACUCAGCAGACGAGCGCCGCGUCAUCCACGACGCCGUGGUCGGCGCUAUGCCCGACAGCUGGCACGGCGAGGACAUCCUGCUGCCGAGGUGUGCACUCUGCGAGGGUGGCGAGGGCGAGGGUGUCCGCCGGCGCAAAUCUAAGCUGGAAGUGCUGGCGGAGCUGCGCGACAUGCGUCGCCGGCGCGUGCGCUACCGCGGCGCCACGGCCAACAGGAACUAUUCGCACGUCAUCAGGGACCUCAUCAAGACGCAGAUGGAAGUGUACACUGGCGUGCAAGGUGAUGAUAUGCCUGCAACUUCUACUGCAGAAAGUAAUAGACACCUACCAAUAGAUUGUGAACAGCAACAUAAUAAAGACAUAAACAAAGAUAACAAUAUAUCUAGAGAAAGAUACAGAAAUAAUAAAGACAAUUACAGAGGAACCAAACGCAAUGAAAAACGAACAGAACGAAGUCGUUCAAAUGAAAGAUAUAGAUAUGACGAACAACGUCGUCGUACAAAAAUUACGCUUAAAGAUAGGUAUUCCAACGUUCACGACAGAGACCAGCGUGACAACACAAGUGAGACAUUUAUCAAGAUUGAAAGUAGUGAAAUCGAAAUUAAAAGAGAAAUAGGUGAAUACACGGAGUAUGGAGAUAAAAGUGCAAAAGACAAAGGACACAGAGAUGGUUAUAAUAACGGAGAUGCAAAAUGUAAAACUAAUCAAUACGGUGCUGGUGGUUCCGGUUCUACGAAAAGACAUCGAGAACAGAAUUUUACAGGUGAUGGAUAUAGGAAUGAGAAAGUUCACAACAGUAAUAAAUACGAAAAUAGUGAUAACUCUGCCAGGAGGAGGUACCACCGGCACCGCGAUGAUAGGACUGAUUCCGACAGUGGAGUUAUCAGAACUAUCAAAAUUGAAAGACAUGAAGAUUGUGGUGCAUCUAGAAAACAUAGUGAAUACAAUGCUUCCAAUAGCGGAAAUGAAAAAGGAUUUGAAAAUCAUAAGUUUAACGAAAAAGCAAGUUCCUCUAGCAAGAGACACCAUGAACGCAGAGAUUAUAACAACGUUGGGAAUGAAAGAGCACGUACAACUAACAAAUAUGGCGAGAGUGAAGGAAAGCGAUAUCGCGAAGACAGUGACAGAGAUAUUCAUUCUGAUUCCUCGAGGACAACACAUUCUAGCUAUCGCCAUGAUUACGAUCAUAAGAGAACUCACAAGAGUCACAAGCAUAAAGACAGUUCUGACUCUUCUGCAAUGAGACAAAACGGACACAGUGGUGAUUACAGAUAUGAGAGAAGUCACAGAACAGAGAAGCACGACGGUUCAAGUUCUUCUAAGAAUGUUCAUCGCGAUCGUAGCAAAGAUCGACCAAAAGAAAGAUACGAAUACAAACACCUGAGAUAGAUAGAUACCGCCUACGUCGUAAAACAUGAAGACGAACUUUCAUAUGCAUGGACAUGAAACGUAGGCGACAUUCGUGACUGUAAUAAAGCUUUUUCUAAGAAAA